AUGUCCGGCAGAUGCUCCAGAUCACAGUCAUAUUCGGCUGCGAGCGGGCGCGAGGAGACCCCGCUCGUCAUGUUCGGGGAGGGCUCCAGGUCACGGUCGUUUUCAGCCUUGAGCAGGUGCGAGGGAUCCCCGCGCGCUGUGCCCGGCGAUGGCUCUAGAUCGCGGUCGUCCUCGGCCUCCAGCAGGCGUGAGGAAUCCCUGCCGACCAUCUCUGGAAAAGCCUCCAGAUCCCGGUCGCCGUCGGCCUCGAGUGGGCGCAAGGAGCUGUCUCCCGCCGUGCCCAGCAGAGGUUCCAGAUCACCAUCAUCCUCGGCCUCAAGCGAGCGUGAGGAAUCCCUGCCCAACCACCACGCCAUCCGCUUCACAAUCUCAUUGCCCCGCAUCGUCGAGAAGGGCGCGGACGAGACAUCCGAGCCACGAGACCAAGACGCAGAAGAAGGGAAAGGGCGAGUGCGACGACGACAUGAACGACGAGGACACGACGACCAAGACCUGACCCUUUGCUUCCACGGCGACUGGGUGCCCACGAUAGGCACCCUCGAGCUGCACUUCUCCUCCGAGGGCAUCCAGACGUCUCUCGAGGGCCCGCAACCGCGACCGCACGAGGAAGACGCGCGCGUGCUGACGCUCGAGUGCAACCGAAUCGCUUUUCCGACCUCCUCCUCCUCCUCGCCCUUCCGAUUAUGGUGCCGAUCAUUGUGCAUAUGGGCAGUCGUCGGCGCGGGUCUCUACAUCGCCGCCAGGAUACUCGUCAUGAUCUCCGUCGAGACACACAUAUACUUGGACCGGUCGGCGCUGCGGUCGAUGGAGCAGCGGUGGAGGGAGAUCCCCCUCUCGGCGGAGCUGGGGCGCGUCGCACUCCUGUAUGGCGAUGCGGCGUCGUCUCUCGUCGAGCUGGCCAAGUCCGCCGAGUCGCUGCUCUCCAAUCUUGGGGGGAACAUUGUGCCUCUGUGCCGUCACGCCGACAUCCUCACGCACAGCAUCAAGGUUGUGUGCGACGAGUACGACGUCGUGCUGAAUGACGCCGUCGGAACUCACGCCGCAUUGAAGAUCCAGGCGUCUUCGUGGAACGUGGCCGGCGCCAUGAACGGCUCGCGGAUGGAGGGGCUGCUCUCCUGCUGGAACGGAAUCGACCGGGAGUACAUCGACGAUGACGACGUCAAUGACGAUAAUGGGGAUGGACACGCGACGGGCGCCGUGUUUUCGUGCGUCGCGGAGCUUCUGCGGCGGUGGGAAACGGACAGCACCGGACUGCUGUCCCCAGCAGCGGAAGAAGCGGGCAGGCUGGAGGGUCAACUGCGCGAGAUGGGGGCGCGGCAGGACUGGAUCGUCGACCCGUUCGAGGAGCUCCUCCGUCAACAGGACCUCCGGUCGGCUUCAAGCUCGAGUGCGACGGCGAGAGCGGGGAUGAGGAAGGUUGCUGUGCCCCCGAUCGUGGCGGCGCGGGUCUCUGCCAUGAGGAACGAGACGGAUGCGGAGUUUGCCAGGCUGAUGGGGAGGAUCGUCCAGUGGCAGGAGGCGAUGGUAGCAGCCGGGGUGGAACGGGCUUUGCUGGAGGCAAGACUCUCGAUUCCGGGCCGCAAGGAGUGGGUCACAUGGCACUGGGGCCGCGCCGUGCUGUGGAGAUUCCCGGCCAUGGACCGGAUGGUGUCGGACCUGGAGGGAACGAUCAAGGCGCUGCAGAGGGGGAAAGCCUCGGGCAAUCGUUCAGAACAUGAGGCGUAG